UUAAAUACUAAAUUACAUGUCACUAAAAGCCAUAGCUAAUCUUUGAAAAGCAAGCUGACGAUUCAAAAUUUGCAUUUAAAAGAUAAGAAAGCUAUAAGCUGAUCAUAAAAAUAUUAAAGCUAUUUACUGCAUUUCAUGACAAUGUUCGGGGUGCUAAAUGAAAAUAUUUUCUAAUAUUCUUAGAUAUUCCGCUUCAUGGAAAAUUAUAUCAACCAGUAAAUUAUGGAAUCCGCUGUUCAUAGCAACAUUAGAUCAAGGCUAAAUUUAAUAACCAACAGUAAAGAUGUACCAUAUAUUUGCCAACAAUGUGAGAAGAACUUCAAAUCAAAGCAGAAUUUGAACAGGCAUAUGAGAAUGCAUACCAAAGAGAAACCUUUUACUUGUAAGCAAUGUGGAAAGUGUUUUUCACGAUUAUACCAUUUACAAGUGCAUGAGCGAACUCACACUGGAGAAAAACCUCAUGCUUGUAAACAAUGUGAAAAGCGAUUUUCGCAUAUAUCUAAUUUACUUAAGCACGAACGAACUCACACCGGAGAAAAACCCUAUAUCUGUAAACUUUGUGGAAAGGAUUUUUCACAUUUAACUAAUUUACGCAAGCACAACCAAUCUCACACUGGAGAGAGACCCUAUAUUUGUAAACACUGUGGGAUGCGUUUUUCACGAACAUCUCAUCUGAAUUCACAUGAGCGAACUCAUACUGGAGAAAAACCGUACGUUUGUAAACAAUGUGGAAAGAGUUUUGCACGAUUAUCUCAUUUACAAGGGCAUGAGCGAACUCACACUGGAGUAAAACCUCAUUCUUGUAAACAAUGUGAAAAGCGCUUUUCAGAAUUAUGUGCUUUACGUGUGCAUGAGCGAACUCAUACCGGAGAAAAACCUUUUAUUUGUAAUCAAUGUGGAAAGAACUUUUCACAGUGGUCCAAUUUAAAAGUGCAUAAACGAACUCAUACUGGAGAGAAACUGUAAGUUUGUAAUCAAUGUGGAAAGGCUUUUCACAGUGGUCCAAUUUAAAAGUGCAUAAACGAACUCAUACUGGAGAGAAACUGUAAGUUUGUGAUCAAUGUGGAAAAGGCUUUUCACAAUUGGACCAUUCGUGUACAUUACAAGUGUAAUUCUUUCAAACUAUGUCAGAAAAAUUUUACACAAAAGGGCAUCAAUACGAAGGAAUUUAUUGAUUUGUUGUGGAAAGAAACCUUGUACGUGUAACCCAUAUUGAAAAGCAGAUUAAAAUCCACAUCAAAAUUCACAGACAGUGUGCACCUAUGAGAUAACUUAUAUCUUUAAACAAUGUGAAAAGAGUUUACUCCAAUGGGAUAUUCACGAAAAUAUGUCCAAGAAUGCAAAUAAUUGAAUUGCAAAUCAAUUCAACCCUACUUUCAUUCCUUUCAGAAUGUUAUUGUUUGGGAAAUGAGUCAAAAGUUGAAUUGACAAUAAAAACUCGAAAAUUAAAGGUUUCUAAAAUCAAAAUUCAGGAAUGUUUUUUUUUUAUUUGUGUGCAUAAUAUUAUCCACUUGGACAAUUUUUUUUUAAUUAAGAUAUUUAGAAUUUUCUUAUUUUUGCUUGCGCAGUAUUCAUUUAACAUACUAUUCCACAUUUUCUUACAUCAAUCUAAUUAUUCGUGUACUGUAAUUGGGGGGUGGAAACAAAUCCCAAAUCAUAAACACAGCCCAAUCAUGUUCGCUUUGACAUGAACAGUUUAUAUUGGAACAGUGGGUCUGCAUUACGUUACAUAACUUACCGAUAGAUGUCGUAACUUUUUUAUCUUUAUAUAUAUAUUGUUUGUGUGUGUAAUAUGGGUCAACUGGCAUGUAUUUCUAUGUUUUAGAACCUUUGUUUUGCCAGUUUUCCUGAUUUUCCCAAUUAUUUGAGAGUUCAUAAAUUUGUUCUGUAUAUGCGUUUUCAGGGAAUCAAAAUAUACUUAUUAUACUGUCAUAAUGUGAAAGUUUAUAUUUGUCCAAUCUCAUCAUGCAGCAUGUGUUGUUCGAAUGUACUUUUGUGAUCUGAGUAAUAUACCGGUAUGCAUGAUUUUCAUAAAUAGAAGAGAAAAAUUUUGGGAAGAACUUAUAUGAUUUUAAAUGCUUGCCAAUACCCUUUGAUCUUAUUCCAGA